CACUGAUGCUCAGGCAAACUGGGAUUAACAGAGAUCGCACAGGAAUACGAAGCGUGUUUAACAUCGCGCCUCGUUUUUAUAUUUUGGAACAAUAAAGAAGUUUUCUCGGCUGGUGAAGACACACGGCGUCAGCGAAAAUGAGUACCGAAGUGGACAUGAAAGACGUGGAGCUGAACGAAGUGGAGCAGGAGAAACAGCCGAUGACUGCCGGAGACGCAGGGAACGGAGAUGCCAGCUCCCCGACCAGCACGGAAAAAAACGGCGCUGUGAAGGUUAAGAUGGCAGAUGAAACGGAGACCAAAUUCACCGGGCUGUCAAAAGACGAGCUCCUCAAAGUUGCGGGAACCCCAGCGUGGGUGCGUACCCGCUGGGCCCUGCUCAUCCUCUUCUGGCUGGGUUGGUUCGGGAUGCUGGCCGGGGCCAUCGGGAUCAUCAUCCAGGCUCCUCGCUGCAAACCUCUGCCGGAGAUGAACUGGUGGAAUCAAGGGGCUCUGUACGAGAUUGGAGAUGUGCAGGCCUUCUCUGAGAACCUUGACGGGCUGAAGCAGAAGAUCGACGCGCUCGCUCAGCUGAAGGUGAAGGGUCUGUUGGUGGGCCCCAUCCACAAAUCCACAAACGACGUGAACGAGCUGGACCUCAACACGGUCUCCGUAGCGGGCUCCCUGACCCAGUUUGAAGCGCUGCUCGACGCAGCACACAAGAAGAGCAUCAAUGUGGUCCUGGACUUGACUCCCAACUACCUGGGAGAGCAGCCCUGGUUUGACGAUAUGAUGACCGUCGCUAACAAACUGAAGGUGGCUCUGGUGCACUGGCAGAAGCUGAAGGUGGACGGCUUCAAGUUCUCCGGGAUUGAGCGCGUUAUUGCAGUUCAACCUGCUGUCUGGGAGGAGCUGCGCGCUCAAGUCCAGAACGGCACGGAUGAGAAGAAGGGGGUCCUGAUCGGGGUGACGGAGAAGAGCUCACCCGAGGAGGUGGGCGCGCUGCUCAACAGCUCUGGCGUGGACCUGCUGCUGUCGGGCGUCCUGCGCGCCAGCGGCCGGAGUGGCAUCCAGGUGGCGGGCGCCGCAGAGCAGCUGCUCGGCGCGCAGAACCAGACCAAGCUGGCGUGGAACGUGGGCGAGCGGAAGCAGGGCCACCUGGCCUCGCUGGUGGGGGGGGAGCUGGUGAAGCUGAACCAGAUGCUGCUGCUCACCAUGCCCGGCACGCCCGUCUUCAACUACGGCGACGAGAUCGGCCUGGAGGACCAGGUUGCCAACAAGUUUCCACAGAUGAUCUGGGACAAACCUGAAGAUGCUGAAACUCUGAAUGGAACCGCAAAGGAGGAGCUGGAUGAGCGUGUGGCGCUGCGGAGCUACUUCAAGUCUCUGAGUGAGCUGCGCUCCAAGGAGCGCUCCCUGCUGCACGGGGACUUCGUGGCGCUGCACAGCUCCAACUCCUCGCUGGCGUACCUGCGCAGCUGGGACCAGAGUCAGCGCUACGUGGCCGCCUUCAACUGGGGGCCCGACGCCGUCACCCUGAGCCUGGCGCACGACCAGCUCCCCGCGCAGGCCACCGUGGAGGUGAGCACGGACCCCGAGCAGCUGGCGCCCAAGAGCCCCGUGGACCUGAAGGCCCUGGUGCUCGGCGCCAACCAGGCCGUCCUGCUGCAGUUCCCUUACACGGGAUAGGGUUCUAACUGACGCAGAACCGGUCCCCACCCCCCCCCCCCCCCCCCCCCCCCGACACGGGCUAGAAUUUUUAACUGACGCAGAACCAGUUUUAGAGCCACUCUAUUUAGAGUCAUCGAUGUGUUUUCUUUUUUUAUAUUUAAAAUCCCAUGCAGUACUUUUUAUUGUGUUUUAUUUGUUGUGGGCAUUCUGUUACGAUUUUUACAAUUGGUUUUUAUGUUACUUUUUUUUUUUUUUUAAAUGAAAAAGAUGCUCGGUGCACUGAACACACACUGUAAGGUCAAGUUUUUUUCUUUUCAGUGGUUCCGAUCACGCUCAAAGGAAAUGACAUCUAAACCUACACACUACUUUCAAAGCCCCAGUGCAACAUUGGUACCUCAAACGCUGCAUGCAUCCAGAUCACAAACUAUUCAACGUAUUGCUCAUAGUUGUGUACAUUCCAUUCCAUAGAUUUACUGCACUUGGGGAUUUUUAUGUGAUAGUGCCACUGAUGUGAUGCAAAGUGAUGUCUGGUGUAUUGUAUGCCCCCUUCCCCACAUCCACACCCUAGUAUGCAGUGUAAAAGUGAUGCCAGUGAAGUAGGAUAUAUGUGGUCUAAUGCAAUCCUGUUGUCCUCUCUGUUAAAAAAAGAACAGAGCAUGAAAUGUCAUGGAGAAAAUAAACUAAAUUAAGCAAGUCUUAAA